AUGCCACACAAAAAUGAAAUCCCCAACGGGGGCUUUCCCGUUGAAUUCAACUCAGACAACCUCCCGCACCACUCGUUUUUUGUGGGCCGAGAAGACGAAUUGAAUGCGAUUCACACGGGACUUCAGAAUGACUCGAAAAGGACUGUCGUUUUACAUGGCAUCGAGGGAAUGGGGAAGACUCAGCUCGCAUUAGCACACACCAUGCGCCACCAUGAAUCCUACUCAGCGGUGUUCUGGCUUGAUGCCACGAAUGAAGCGGAACUUGAGAGGAGUUUCGUCAAUAUGGCAAGGCUUGUUUCGCUGGAUCAUCCGUCCACGGAAUUGGAGAAGAUGGCCGAGGAUUUCGAUACUAUUGCUGUCGUGCAUUGGGUGAAGAAGUGGUUGAACGGCCCAGGUAAUGAUCGAUGGCUGCUUAUAUUCGACAAUUAUGAACCAAGCACGGGGUUUUCGAUAGACUCGUGGCUUCCGGAUGUGCGACAGGGUCAUGUUAUCAUCACCACGAGAACGUCUGAUCUGGAACUGGGUGAAGCUAUUCAUGUUUUAAAACUUGAGGAUAUGGACCACAAUGCCCAAAUCGUAUGUCAGGGGUCGGGACGGUCGGCUCUAACUAGUGAUCCUCAAUUGCACGAAUUGAUCAAUGAGUUGGAUGGACUGCCACUUGCAUUGGCAACCGCAGGAGCAUUCCUCCGCAACGUGCCCAUCAGCUGCGAUCACUAUUUGAAGCUGCAUAGGGAGGCUCUGUCGAAUGCCCAGAAUAUCUCUCAGAUGCACUCAUACGGUGACAAAACCCUCGCAUCCACCUUCCUGAUUUCUCUCCGAAGCAUCAAGGAGAAGAACCCAACAGCCUCUGUUCUUUUAUUCCUAUGGGCUGCUCUUUAUCACCGUGACAUGUGGUUUGAUAUUGUGCAGGAUGCAAAGGUCGCAGACAGAAUCAGCCAUACAGAUUUCUACGACGCAAUGGGGGUUCUCCGCGCAUAUGGCUUUGCCGAGGAGGGGCCGAUUCCAGAUGAAUCGCAUAUCGCAAUGGGCUAUACCUUGAAUAGGAGUGUGCAUGCCUGGCUGGUAGGCUCUUUGAUGCCUUUUGAUGGUCCAGAUUAUGGCGCCAUCAUGUUGGAUUGUAUCACUUCACAAGCAUCAAGGCUCCGUGGGCCCCCAAUGGCACAAGAAGUCUGCCAGCGACAGCUCCCUCACGCGAAUCACCUGGUGAAUCUCUUGCUGUCUGGGAAGGUGGUUCUGAAAGACCAGUAUACGCAUGCCUACGAGCUUUAUAGACUUGCAAACGUCUUCAAAACAGCCAGUCCAUCCGUCUCUUCCCCAGGCUUCGCACAGAUGUGCAGCACUCUUCGAGCCGACCACCCGAAGUCAUCAAACAUGGCCGACCAGGAAAAGUGCUACCAGCAAGUGAUAUCCCUAUGCGAGAAAAUGGAAGACCAGAAGUUCAAAGAUCUGCAUCACGACGCCCUUGAAGGCCUUUCUAGUGUUUAUGCAAACACCAGCAUUCAGAAGCAUCUCCAGACAAAAUGGCUACAAGGAGGUGCUUGUCGAGCUGCAUCACAUUCUGACCGGUACAUCUGUUCGCGCUGUCUUCAAAACCUGCGCGUGCAUAUCGCCCUCUGGCUUCUGCUACUCGGCAUGACUGUUUCGAUAAUCGUCCUGAACCUGUUGGUGCUAUCUACAAUCGGCUCUCUGGGAGAAAGGUUCGAGAAGGUCCACCAGUUCAGUAUAUUCGCUUUGCCAGUUACGGCCAACAUUCUCUCAAACCACCGUUCGAAGGCUUUGAUGCUGAGCAUCAUGUUGAUGGUUUGUGUCUCCCAGGUGAUCUAUGUUUUGAUUAUUUUGGAUGUCUACUGGGCGUACCUCCACUAUAUUCUUCUUUUUGCAAUCGGCCUACCGACAGCUUUACUCGUGGCUUUGAGCUCUGAUUCACCACGGAUUGAGAAUCGCCUGCCAUGGGUUAUGAUUGGGGUGUCUGUACUUGAGGAAGCGCAUAAAGCGGGAAAUAUCAGCCAGAGAGAUUACGAAAAUAAUACCGAGGAGGGCAUAUUGAUUGAUGGGAACGACAGUCAACAUGAAAGCACCGACGGCGAUGAAUCACAAAGCCACAGAUCUGACAAGAAGCCAGAAAAAGAGCCACACUGGAUCAGGGGUGUCUAUAUGUGUGCAAACCUAUCAGUCGGCGUGUUGAUCAUCAACGUCAUUCUUGUCAGCAUUGCAGGAGCACGAGCAGCGAAGAAUCCUCUCAACAAUGGCCUUUCCAGCUCUGAAAUCAUCUACGACGGCAGCUGCUCGGUGUCUAAACGAUGGAAUGUCGCCCUCCACUUGAUCAUCAACAUUCUGAGCACCACCAUUCUCGCCGCCAGCAAUUACUGCAUGCAGACACUAGCCGCACCGACCAGGGAGGACAUCGACCGUCGUCAUGCGCGCGGCAAAUGGCUGGAUAUCGGAGUCCCCAGUGCAGGAAACCUAUCUGUUGUUGGUCCCUAUCGAGUUGCAUUGUGGUUUGUCCUUUUGAUUACUGCGACGCCAUUUCACUUGAUGUAUAACUCGGCGGUGUUUGGUUCACAGGCGACAAAUCAGUACCGCGUUGUUCUUGCACCAGGCGACAUGGACCCCCACGAUAUGGGAAAUCUUACUACUCCUGGGCUGAAGAGGUGCUUUGGGUCUGUUGGUGGACUCAACUGGGAUGAGUUCACUUCUGAUCUUUCACGGGGGUCAUAUGAGAAACGCAAUCGACAAGAAUGCCUCGAUCUUACAAAUGUCGAAUUCUCUUCUGGGAUAGGCACCAUCGUCUUUCUCUCGAACAAACUUACAGUCAGUCAGGGGGGAGACCGUGCCAUUCUCGAUGCUGGAAGUGGCGCUGUUCCCUGGAAAAAGGACCGUGGAGCCGCUCUCAACUCGCGAGGUAUAACUGGGGACACGUUUUCUAACGUUUCCUGGACCUUUACGGCUUCCCAUGGUGAUACGUCAGUUGCGUAUUCAGCGUACAACUUUUCGCAGCCAGACUGUGACCUUGAUAUGUCAACAUGUCUGGAUGCAAUGUUUAUGAGCGAUUGGCUGAAAACCAACCAACCGCGGACUAUUCAGCAAAUCAACGACUACAUCAACAGGAAUUCAGGCUAUGACAACAUUACCGGAUUCAAAGAUAGUUUGUCGUGCGGGUUAAAGUAUUCUAGUGACUCCGACCCUCAUGAAUGUCUGGUCAUCAAAACGCCAGAACGUUGCGAGCUGCUUUACAACCCCCCUAUCUGUAUUGCAGUCAUUAUUACGGCAGCUGUAAAGGUCACUGCCAUGUUUCUAGCUGCUAGACUCGAUCGACACAGGCCACAGCCUCUACUGACAGUUGGUGACGCGGUAGCAUCUUUCCUGGCCAAGCCUGAUGAUACAACGGUGGGACGAUGCUGGAUGGACAACUCCAAUGUACGCGGGGGGUGGAAAUCAAGGACUCGCACCCGCACAAGACGAUUGCCAGGGAGAGAGCGCUGGGUGCGAGCCGUAAGCCCGACACGCGGGAUCGUGACACUCACGUUAUGUGGUGUUUGUAUUAUUGCCGGGGGCUAUAUGCUCUGGGAGGCCUCCCGUGGUAUCUCAGUCGGUACUGCAUCAGUCAAGUUCUGGUGGAAUCUGGGAUUCGGCACAGAAAACGUCAACAUCCUUGUUGAGGGCUACAAGAAUUUACCCAUCAUCAACUACGUGGUUCUUGCCAACACACCACAGUUCAUCGUGACCAUCAGCUACUACUUCUACAACAGCGUGGUGACCUCUAUGCUAGCUGCGGCAGAAUACAGCUCGUAUGGGGUAGAAAGGAAGCCUCUUCGUGUCUCAUGGCCGAAAAAAGGAAGUUCUCAACGAUCAACCUAUUGGCUGAGUAUACCAUAUCAGUAUGGCAUCCCGCUCCUGAUUACAUACGCUGCACUGCACUGGUUGAUCUCCCAGAGCCUCUUCUACGUCAAGGUCGUCCCAUACGAUUUGAACCAGCACCGGUCCGACGAGAACAUCACCAGCACGUUGGGCUAUUCGCCAAUUGCAAUCUUUAUAGCGUUGCUUGUGGGUAUUCUGAUGGUUUUGGCACUCUUCGUUCCGGCGUGUUGCAGGAGGUUCAAAUCUAUAAUGCCAGCGGCGGGGAGUUGCAGCGCUGCUAUCAGUGCAGCAUGUCAUACUCCGCCCGGUGAGGAUAGGGAAACGGUGGCUUUGAAGGAGGUCAUGUGGGGGGAGACCAUGCCUAUGCCAGAUGAGAUGGAGAUUGAAGCGAAUACUUUCCAUUGUGGCUUCAGCGCAAGGCAGGUUUUGCGGCCAUCGAGGGAAACAUUUUAUGCAUGA